AUGGAGGAAAUCGAAGAAAUAUUUAACUCAUAUGAUAUUGGACAGAAAGGUCAAAUUGAGGUAUCAUAAUUGGCUAUAAUGUUUGAAGAAAAUGGAGUCAACGUGAGUGAAUAGGAUUUAAGAGCGAUCUUCAAUAUCGUAGACGAUGAUAAAAAUGGCACGUUAUCUUUAGAAGAAUUUAAAAAAUUCAUCAACAGUGAUGAUGCGCAACUUAAAUUCAGGAAUAUAGCUUUAUAAAUGCGAUAGAGAAUUGAGGAGGAUUAUUAGAUGUUUAGAAUAGCUGAAAAAUAGUAUCUACCUCUAAAUUUCAAUAAAAUGCUCACUUAUUUAUUUUAGAAGACUGUUUAUCGCUAAACGCUUAAGUAGCUCUAAUCAUAGGAUGUUUAAAAUAAAAAUACGAUUAAUGAUAUGCACACUUUCAUCAAGCUAUUCAGCGGUAAAAAUGAAUUAGUAGUGGAAUCUUCUAAUAUGAUUGAAAAUUAGUCAGUAGUUACAUAAUUCAAAAGCUUUAACAGUGUGAGAGAGAGUACAACUGGUGGUGAACUCGAUCUUAAUAACUAAAAGACAUUUACCAGCGAUUUUUUCGAACCUCAAUUAAAAGCUUUAGAUUUAAGACACUUAUCACAUUAAUAAUAAUCUUAUCGCAGUACUAAUGAAAUCUAUCAAAAAUCCCCAAAGUAAAAAGAGAAGCACUUAUUAAAAUACCACAUGUCAAGCUCCUAGCUAGAUUAGAAGAGCAAAAGAAAAAAGUAAAUUUGUCACCAAUAGUAAAAAUAUCAGAGCUUAAGAAUCAUAAUGAUUCUUUGA